GAGAGAGAGGCAGAAGAGGACAGAGGGGGGAAAAUCAAAGCAGCCCACAGCAGGCGAGCAGACAGUCGCGCGCUCUCCGCUAGCGGGUCAUGUGAUCGCAGCCAGGCGUCCCGGGGCACGAGCCGACAGUUUCCACGAGAGACGAGAGUUUCUGCGACGACUGUCUGUUCAGAGGACCCUCCUCGGCACCCAGCCAGCAUGGGGCUUGCCAGACUCUGUGUAGUUUUGGUCCUUUUUACGCCGAAGGGAAGCUAUCAGACAAACAGCACAGGUGACUCCGCAGACCGGGGCAUCCCCGCCUCUUUGUCCUUACUGGGUCCCCAUGGCACCGGCUCCCCCUGGCUGGGAAGCUUCCCCGGCGCCCGCUCUAGGCUGGAGGACUCCAACGGCUCCGUACAGACCUCACCGGUAACCCCCCCUCCGUGCGCAGUGCCGAUGUCCAUCAGCCACUACUUCAAGUACAUCAACACCUUGUUCUCCUGCCUGGUGUUCGUGGUGGGUAUCGUGGGCAAUGCCACCUUGCUGAGGAUUAUCUACCAGAACAAGUGCAUGAGGAACGGGCCCAACGCCCUGAUCGCCAGCCUGGCUCUGGGGGAUCUCAUCUACAUCUCCAUCAACAUCCCCAUCAACGUGUACAAGCUCCUGGCGAUGAGGUGGCCCUUCAGCGAGCACCCGUUCGGCCUCUUCCUCUGCAAGCUGGUCCCCUUCCUCCAGAAGGCAUCCGUGGGCAUCACCGUGUUCAACCUCUGUGCCCUCAGCGUCGACAGGUUCCGGGCGGUGGUCUCCUGGAGCCGGGUCCAGGGGGUGGGAAUCCCUCUGGUGACAGCCAUUGAAAUUGUCUCCAUUUGGAUCCUGUCCAUCGUCCUGGCCAUUCCUGAAGCCGUCGUCUUCGACAUGGUCAGCUUCAGCUACGAAAACGUCACCAUGAAGACCUGCAUGCUGAACCCGCAGACUCCCUUCAUGAUGUUCUACACCAAAGCCAAGGACUGGUGGCUGUUUGGCUGUUACUUCUGCAUGCCGCUGGCCUGCACCGCCUUCUUCUACUCGCUCAUGACCUGCGAGAUGCUGCAUCGGCGUAACGGGGACCUCCGGAUCGCCCUCACUGAGCAUCUGAAGCAGAGGAGAGAAGUGGCUAAAGCUGUCUUCUGUCUGGUGCUCAUCUUUGCACUCUGCUGGUUCCCUCUGCAUCUCAGUCGGAUACUCAAAAAGAUGGUGUACGCGCAGAAUGACAGAGGAAGAUGCGACCUGCUCAGGUUCCUGCUGGUGCUUGACUACUUGAGUAAAAAUCUGGCAACUAUCAACUCCUGCAUAAACCCCAUCAUCCUGUAUUUUGUGAGCAAGAAAUUUAAGAACUGCAUUAAGUCCUGCCUCUGCUGCUGUUACCACCCAGGCUCACUGAUAAACAGCAUGAUGCCCCUGAAUGGCACCAGUAUACAGUACAAGAUGCCGGAGAUCCACCACGCCGACCACAGCUUGCGUAAAGACAGUGACAUCUGAGGCCACGCCCCCCUCCACCAGCCUAUCAUGGAUCUCCGUCUUUCCCAUCAGUAUGCCGUGUGCAAAGAGGAUAUUGGAGAUCCACCAUGCCGACCACAGCCUGCGUAAAGACAGUGACAUCUGAGGCCACGCCCCCCUCCACCAGCCAAUCAUGGACCUCCGUCUUUCCAAUCAGUGUGCCGUGUGCAAAGAGGAUAUUGGAGAUCCACCAUGCCGACCACAGCCUGCAUAAAAACAGUGACAUCUGAGGCCACGCCCCCCUCCACCAGCCAAUCAUGGACCUCCGUCUUUCCCAUCAGUGUGCCGUAUGCAAAGAGCAUAUUGGAGAUCCACCAUGCCGACCACAGCUUGUGUAAAGACAGUGACAUUUGAGGCCACGCCCCCCUCCACCAGCCUAUCAUGGACCUCCGUCUUUCCCAUCAGUGUGCCGUGUGCAAAGAGCAAGCCAUGGAUUCCUCACAGCCAUACUUAAGCAGUAUGGGCUUAGCGCAUAUCAUACUGCAGGAUUCCUUUGCAUUUCAGUGUUGCACAGCCGCAUGGAAAACGGCAGCAUCAGCAAAGCAUGGCCCACACAUCUCCGCACCGAGUGACAUCGGCACUAAGGCACUGGCAGAUUGACCCCCCUGUAGAUCAUGGGCGCUGUUACUCUGCCAGAAGGCCUGCACAGGAAUUGACUAAGUGCCAGGCCUGAAGGAUUUCAAUCCGAAAGCUUCUUUUCAGUUUAUUGGUACCCCUGGAUGCUGUGGUCCUGAUAGCAGCACCGCCGAAGGUGCUGACUCUCUGCACCUCUCACUGGACAUCAGCUGGGCUCAGAGGUCACUAAGUAUGUCAUUCUGAGAAAAUGGAAAAAGAAACAUUUUGAAAAAUGUAUGUGAAUGCAAGGUACGUUCCUGCACAAAAAAAAAAAACUCAAUUAUUACAUAGUGCCUGAUGGGGACUUGUACCUGAGUACAGGAUCAGUGUGUGUGACACAAUACUAGUGAUUUAAGGAGUUAAGAUGCAGUAUUAUGUUAGUUAUAUGCUAAUAUUUUAUGAAAUCCAUGCCACCAUGAGUGUAAUCCAUGAAUUAAAAAAAAUGAAAAUGUACGUGCCUCAUGUAAGUGGCUCCAGGUGAAAAGUGCGAUAUCAAUCUAUCAUAAUCUAUCAUUUAAUUGAUAUAGAAAAUAUUUCCUGCUACCAAUUGCCUUCCAGCCAACCUUGUAGGCUUUUGAUGCAGGUCCGGCAGGCUUAAACCAGGCAGUUUUUUUUUUGUGGGGGGUUAAAGCUUUACUAGAGGGGGCAAAAGUAGGUUAGCAACACUGUUACUACUCCAGUACAAUCAUGAACAAAAAUAGUAACUAUGAAAUAUAUGAAUCGUUAUGACUGAUUGAUGAUGAACGAAAAUGGAAUCAGUACGUAACUAACACUUCGUUUCUGGUUAAUACUUUACGUUAGAGCUCACAACUGCAUUAUUUAUACUGUCUCAAGUUGCUAGAAAAAUGAAGAUGAUUCAAAAUCAUUUUGGGUGAACUUUACGUCCACGUAGGAUUGCCACUCUAAACGUCACGUUACCUUAAACGAUCAUAUUUAUUCCAUAAAACCACAGACACCAAAGAUGUGGAUUUGUUUGUAAACUAAAAAUAUCGAGUAUAGUAAUUCAGGAGCGCAUGUCUUAUGAUUAUGAAUAGUAAAAGGAGAGUAUGUUUUGUAUUCAUUUAUGUAUUUUUUCCUGUUGUCACUAUUUAAACUUUUUAUUUUUGUUAUUUACUGAUACUUUAUGUAUAACCAGUGAGAUUGCAUCUCUUCAUUCUUACAUGCAGCUGUACUGCAUUGAGGAAUGCGUUAUUACUGAAAAUAAUACCUGCUUCAUGCGACGAUGUGAUCAGUGCGCGUAUGUAUAUUCGCUAAAAUCAAUUUUUAUCCCUUAACGUCGACAUUCACCCGAGACGCUUCCGCCGCUGCUGGCCGGAUCAUUUCGCUAAUGCUUUCGCCCAUUGCCGUCACUCUGUACUUUUAUAUUUACUGAGCUGAGAGCUGCCUUUACUCAAGCUAUAUUGAACUGAAAUUCAGGUUGCAAUAAUGUCUCUGUAUGAGUGAAGUUGUUUAGUAAUAUGUUUUCCCUGACUGUGCAUAUAAUUUCUGCCUUAAUACACAAUGUCCUACGUUUCAUUCCCUGUGUAAAAUCAGAGAACUGUGUCUUUGAUAAAAUAAAUUGUAUUAUAAACCAAA